GGCUAUUUCUCCUGAAAGAAGCCCGCCGACAGGCGGAGCACACACUAUCUUGGCGUCCUUGCUAUUGCAAAUGAAUUCAAGUUGAACACCGUUCUUUUGCCACUACCGUAUCAUGACAUUCUUAUGGCGGGCUCUGGUUUUCUAAACCAUGGAUACAAUAUCAAUACUAAGCCAGAGACAAAUAAGCAGAACAAGUUUCCGAACGAUCGCUCAAGGCACGCGGUUGCAAUCGGCGCGACGCUUUGACUGACUUCAACUGGCUUCGAGCACCUGGGCCGAGUCACAAAUUAGAUGUGGCAGUUCCAGGGUGUCCUCAAUGCGGGUGUGCAGAUUUUGCUUGUGGUGUUCUGUGGCUGGUGCUUCUCGCGCUUCCGGCUGUUGGAACCCGACAAGUUCAUGGGCCAAAUCAACGUGCUGCUGCUGCGGGUGGGCUUCACCAGCCUCAACAUAUACCUGCUGGGCAUCAAGCUAAAUUUGAAGGAUGCCGAGGCGUGGAGGUCGCUCGGCGCGUAUGUUUUGUGGGUGACCAUUGUACAGGCCGGCAUUCUGGUCUACACCUGGGUAUUCAACGGCCGCAACACCGGGGACGCGGGCCUGCUGAACCUAGUGCUCACGGCUAACAACACGGUCAUUGUGGGCCUGCCGGUGAUGAACGCCACAUUCCCGGAAGUGGGCGGCCCGGUCGCGCUGCUCACGGCCUUCGUACUGUUCCUGCAAGUGAUCCCUUUCAGCAUCACCGCAUUUGAGGUUGAGAAAUGGUUGGCGGCGGAGCACGCGCGCCAGCGACAAGCGGCAGAGCUGGCUGCAAUGGCGCAGCCACCCGGCACGCCGCAGCGGCAGCUGUCCGGCCGCCUGGACGAGCAGCUGCCUCCCUACCGCCACUGCGACACCGAGUACAGCAUGGGAGUGGGCACGCCCAUAGACUCGCGAGACGCCUUGCGGCGCAACAACUCCAUGCAUGCCAGCGCCGGUGCCAGCGGCAAGGGAGCAGUGCUGGCUGUGGGGCUGCUGGUGGACAGCAAGUCGGCGUCAAUGGAGCGGAAGGGCAGCGGUGCUGAGGUGGCGUUGCCCACGUCUAAUGGAGGCGCAGCGCAUGCUGCACCAGGGGGCCAGGUGAAGGGUGGAAGCGGGGCAGGUCGCAGCGCGCGCUACGGCGGCGGCGGAGGAGGAGGCGGCGCAGCGAGCCACUUCAGGCCGGCAUGGCACGGGCGCAGCCCCAUCAGCAGCUACAAUGGCAGUAUGCGUUCCGGCCCCCCCAGCGCCGUGGACGCGGUGCCAGGCAACAGCAAUGGCAAUGGCGCGGUAAUGGCGGAGCAGCCGACGCUGGUGGCGGACGUGCCGGCCGCGACAGCCGCGGCGCUGCUGGAGCCCCGGACUAUGGCGCAGGCAGCCCAGGCGGCCCAGCAGCAGGUCCCGCCGGCACGGCAGGCUGAGGCGCCUGCAGCGGAUGUUGAUGCACCGCCAAGCCCAGCAGCAUCACCGCCGGCACCAGUCGCGCGCGUUGGCAGUGACGAGGCGCUGUCGCCCCGGGUUCCGGAGACGCCGCGGGACUGGCUGGAUGGCGGCAUUGCAGGGCCGGGGGCGGGGCCGGGGCCAGUUGGCGAGGGCACCGAGAGACCUUGCUCGGCACACGCUGUUUCGGCAUCUUCGGGGGGAGCGGCGGCGAGCGCAAAGUCACAGACCCUGCUGACGCAGAUGGCAUAUCCGGACAUGCACGAGGGCUCGCACGAGGGCUCGCACGAGGGUCGCGACUCGCCGUCACGGCGGGGCUCGCCGUCACGGCGGGGCUCGCCGACCGAUCGGGAGGACGUUGCCCUGCCCCUGGCCCCGGUGGCGUCACUCGCCCAGAUAGCCGCUGUCUCUGGGGCUGGUGGCGUGCCCUCUAGCCACACACAGGCGCAGGGAUGGGGCGACGCGGCUGUGCCUGGAUCAUUGCCAUCACGGUCGGCCUUCGCCGCGGCCGCGGCCGCGCCUUUGUCGGCAGCAGAAUUGGAGUAUGCAGGCGCGACAGGCAGCCCAGCCGACCGCGCACCGCUACCUAGCUUCCGCUUCCCCGCGCCGCCAACAAUCAACUUUGGCGCGGCGCAGCCCCGCGCCAACAGCGGCGCAGCCGCUGGCGUGCGGUCUCAGGCUGACACCACAAUGGCAACGGCGCGGUCUGCUGACGUGUCAGCGCCGCAGCCGCCGUCUCGCUUGAGCGGCGGAGCGGCCAUGCAGAGCGCGGUGCAGGGGAUGCCGGCGGCGCCGUCAACCUGGGCCCCGGCCGGUGGCGCAGCGGGCGCUCGGGGUCACGUCGUGCCGGCGAGCGCGUCAGCGGCGGUGCCGCACCGCACAGCCGUUUCCACAACGGAUGGCUCAUUCGUGAGCAAUGCGGGCGCAUCCAGUGCAGCAGGAGCAACAGACGACAUCCAGAGACGCUCCGUCCCCGUGCAGUGGCCACAAACGGAACUGCUGCCGCCGCACCCGCCUCUCCUAGCCCCCUCGCCUCACUCGCCGCAUCUCCAGCAGUGGGCAGGCAGUCAGCCGGGCCACUCGACAGUGGUGGCCGGCCGCACCGCGAGCGGGGCCAAGAGCAUCGACAUCAGCACAGCCGGCAGCGGCGCUCUGGGCGCCGCCGGAAAGCGGUGGCUGAGCGGAAUGCUGCGAAGUGGGGCCCUGGCGACCAAUGACGGCGGCGCGCCGCCGUCCCCGCAACGGCCCUCGUCUCGGCUGCUCAACCCACUGGCAGUGGCGUGCCCCGACCUGCCUGUGCCUCAGUCGCUCACACUGGCCAUGGCGCCCGACUCAGGAGCGAACAACGUGGCAGCAUACUCACGACACAGCAACAACGGCGGCGGCGGCGCCGCAUUGCCGCUGUACCACCCACACGGAGCCGCGACCUCCCCGUGCGCAAGCGUGCGACCCUCGCUUGAGCGCCGCUCUCCCUCCACGCGCCCGCCGCCGCGUCUCGCGACCUCAUCGAAGCGAUUUCCCACCUCCAGCGACGCAGCUGAAACGGUUGCUGCAGCGGGCGCGGCGGCGCGGGCAGGCACAGGGCUGGUGGACCACGGGGCUCUUGCAGAUGGUUACCUAGAGGCACCAGCACCAUACGAGCUGCACCCUCGCUUUGGCCCGGAUGCGGUUUCUGCAGCCGUUGAACCCGUGCCGUACGCGCCGCCGUCGGAUCGAGCGCUGGUGCGCGCGGCGGCGGCUAGCAUGGCGCGGCGGCACGGCGGGCUGGGGCCGGCCCUCGGCAAGUGGUUCAAGCAGUGGUGGGCGUCGCACAAGCGGGUGUUGGCCAUCACGUGGAUCGUGCUCAAGAACCCGCUGCUGUGGUCGCUGCUGGUGGCGCUGGUGAUCAACCUGUCGGGCCUGCGCGACUUCCUGUUCCCCGGCUCGCCUAGCUACCGGCCCGAGCUGGGCUGGGUGGCGGGCGCACUAGCCUGGACAUCCGGCAUCACCGUGCCCGUCAGCCUGUUCAGCAACGGCGUGUGGCUGUACGGCAAGACCUUCAGCCGGGAGACCUGGAUGCGGGCAAUCGGCAUGCUGGCCUUCAAGCUGCUGGUGCUGGGGCCGCUGCAGCUGGCCUGCGCCGCCGUGUGUGGCAUGUCCGCCCCCGCCGCCUUGAGCCUUCUGAUGCUGGCGCUGUGCCCUGUGGCCAGCACGUCGUUCGUGAUCUCCGCACAGUAUGGCCAUGGCGCAGAUGUGGUGACGGCGGUGACCAUGUUGGGGAUCGUGCUGCUGGUGCCUGCGGUGCUGGUGGGGCUGACGCUGCCACGCGUGUGGGGACUCUACGACUUCACACUGAGCAGUGGCGCGGGUCUGUAAGCUAACGAGAGGUCGCCGCUGUCUGGCACUGUUGCCAGCCAGACCACGAAUGAAGAGCUUGAGAAGGCGACUGUGGGUAUCAUGCAGGUUGUCCGUGUGCUUGUUCUUAAUACUGGGUUAGACGGGGCGCACUGGCAUGUAUGGGGGUGCGAUGGGACAGUGUUAAGGCAGGUUGGUAAGGUCCCGCAGGGUGCAGCUGAUAAGCUGAUUCCCAGACCCCAGAAGAUGGCAAACAAUUUGCAACGGCAGGGCAGGAGUGCGCGGCUGGUCGAACGCUGGAGUUACUGUACCGAAAAGUUGCUGGCUGGCGGGAAGUUUGCUGAUGCGCGGUGAGUGCUUUGUUGCCCGCGUUGCCUCCAUACUCCCAGUACCCUUCAGUAGGGCACAACCACCCCUGUGAUCACCCUGAGGGCCCAUACCCCUCACGCACCAGGGCCUAUGGGGCAUGCGCUAGUAUUGCGCACCCCAGCACAUGCUAGGAAUCGAUGCAAUC